CACUUGCUACGACCUUUCUUCUUUUUCAGGUGAUUGAUUAUAUCAUUUGUUAGUAUAUUGUUCUUUCUCCUUUUUGUUUGUCUUGAUUUAUCCCCACAGAAAAUUAGAACCCUUUUCUUUUGAUCCUAAAAAGUUUUAAUUUUUCAUCGAAAAUCAUACAAUUGUAAUACUGUUUAAAUUCUUCCAUUUUAGGUUACUUUGAGGUUAUUUAGCUUCACUAUUUUGAAAUUGUUUCUAUCACUGUCACAAUAUUUAGAUCAAUUUUGUUUCUAAUUCUGUGUAAUGUGUAUUAGGGGAGUGAGUAUUUUCUAUGAAUUUAGGUUUGUAUAAAGGGAUUUUCUCUGUAAUUUUAGGGAUUUUCUCUGUAAUUUUAGGUAUGUUAAGUUGCUUAAAUCUUAGGGCCACUUUGUAAAAAAAAAACCACUUUAGGAGUACUUAAUGCAAAUCCUAACUCAACUGGCAGAAGCCGAAAUUGUUAGGUUGGACGCUAUCACCAGGGCUCGAACUCUGAUACUCACGGUUGUGUGUGUGAGUUUAUUGUGAUUAUUACCACUUCGUCCAUAAACCCAAAAAAAGAUAGUGUUCUUAUAGCACUAUAGUGUAGCAGAAUUCUUACAAACUGCUAUUUGUUCAUAAUACAUGAUUUAAUAUGGUGUAUUGUCGAUUAGUGGCACUAUAGCACCAUUGUAUAGGACAAUUUGAACAAACCGUUAUAUUUUACGAUCUGGCAUUGGUGAUGCCGAUUUUCUCUUUUUUAUGUCACUGUUUUUCCACUGAUGGAACUGGAAAGAAAAACAGCUCUUCAUUAAGAGAUUUUGAGGAGAAGGGUCGCAACAAUUUCGUGGCAGUGAGUUCUGAUAAGCCAAAUGGUAAUGAUGAAAUGGUGUCUGUGGAUUCUAAGGUUUUGAGCAGAGGUAACGAAUCAGUUUCUGUAAAUGUGGUUUCUGAGUUACCAAGUGGUCAAUCAUUGUUGAUUGAUUCUGAGCUGCAAAACGACGGAUGCAACAGUAGUGACUGUGAGAUCUUCAAGUAUUCUGAACUUGAAAAAGCUACCAAUAAAUUUGAUGCUAGUAGAAUACUUGGGAGUGGAGGCUAUGGCACGGUUUACUCUGGAACACUUAAAGACGGGCGACUUGUAGCAGUAAAGCGCUUACACGAAGAGAAGUUCAAGAUCUUAAAGUUACAUGAUAAGAAGCUUGAGGAGGAGACACUAAGAAAGUUCAUCUAUGAAGUUUCUAUGUUAACUCGCAUGAGGCAUGAAAAUCUUGUCCAACUCUAUGGCUGCACUUCUCCUCAAACCCGCGAACUACUUCUCGUGCAAGAAUAUGUUCCUAAUGGAACCCUGGCUCGUCGUCUUCAUAAAGACACCUUCCCGUGGUCUACUCGAUUAAAUGUUGCAUUACAAACCGCAAGUGCGUUGGCUUAUCUUCAUGCUUCCAAUAUUAUCCACCGUGACGUGAAAACCAGUAAUAUUCUACUUGACGGAAGUUUGAAUGCUAAAGUUGCGGAUUUUGGAUUGUCACGAAUUGUCCCGUACGGGGCUACUCAUAUUACAACCGAUCCCGCUGGAACUAGAGGUUAUAUUGAUCCAGAGUAUUACGAACAUUGUCUUCUUUCGGAUAAAAGCGAUGUGUACAGCUUCGGUGUGAUAUUGGCCGAGUUGAUAUCGUCUUUGCCUGCAUUUAACGAGGAUGAAAAACAACCUUUUCUUUCGGAUUUCGCUAUGGAUCACAUCCUUAGAGGACAACUCGGGAAGCUUGUCGAUCCAAAUCUUGGAUUUCAAUCGGACAAUUGGGUAAGUGAAACGGUAAGUGCAGUGGCAGAAUUGGCUUUUGGAUGUUUACAGCUUCAAAGAGAUAUGAGACCUUCCAUGAGUGAGGUGUGGAAUACUCUUGAAAGCAUUAAAAGUGGAAACUCUCAAAAAGCACUUAAAUUGGGUUCAAAAAAUUGUUAUAAUGCUACCAAAGUUCACAUUGUAUCACGUUUGCCUGAUGAUUAUUUUGACAAUAAAUAACAUCAAAAUUGAAUAUCAUAUGAUAAUGGAAACUUAUUUCAACA